CUGCCCGCCGCCGCCGCCGCCGCCGCCGCCAUGCUGCCCGCCGCGCUGCUCCGCCGCCCGUGCCUGGGCCGCCUCGUGCGCCAGGCCCGCGCCUACGCCGAGACCGCCGCCGCCCCGGCUCCCGCCGCGGGCCCGGGACAGAUGUCUUUCACCUUCGCCUCCCCCACGCAGGUGUUCUUCAAUGCCGCUAACAUCCGGCAGGUGGACGUGCCCACGCAGACAGGAGCCUUUGGUAUCCUGGCUGCACACGUGCCCACUUUGCAGGUCCUGCGGCCGGGGCUAGUCGUUGUCCACGCGGAGGACGGCACCACCUCCAAAUACUUCGUGAGCAGUGGCUCGGUCACCGUGAACGCGGACUCCUCGGUGCAGUUACUGGCCGAAGAGGCUGUGACACUGGACAUGCUGGACCUGGGGGCAGCCAGGGCGAACUUGGAGAAGGCGCAGUCGGAGCUGUCCGGGGCGGCGGACGAGGCCGCCAGGGCCGAGAUCCAAAUCCGAAUCGAGGCCAACGAGGCCCUGGUGAAGGCCCUCGAGUAGGCGAGUCCGCCGAAGAGACCUCUGCUCCAGCGUCCCUGUGGGACAGCCUGCCCUCGGCCCAUGCCCCCAUUAAAUGCUUGGGACCCGC